GCCGGAAGGAGAUACAGCGGGUGCUCGAGAGUACAGCCACGGACGCGGUAAGUUGGACGUUGCCAAUGAAAAUAAAUUGUAUUUCAGUCAGUUAUGAGCUAUAUCUUUUUGACAAAGCGUGAGUUGUUGUAUGAAGCUACCGCGGAAAUAGGAUGACAUCGCGUUGUGGCUCAGUCACAUGGUGUUCGGACCGUCCGUCGUGAAAACCACUUUAACCAGACUCAUGCUGCCAGUGACCAGUUUCCCCGCGACCCGCUGACCUUCGUCCUUCGUCUCAGUAUGCCUCACAAAAGCAAAAAGGACAAGGAAUCCUCCAAAUCUGGAAAAUCUAAAAAUAACGGAAGUAAAAAUGGGCCUGUUGAGGACAAAGACGGCUCCAUUAAGAAAGUGCCUUCGGCAACUCAGCUAAUGAGGGUGAAGCAGCCGGUGUCACACUCGGCCAUGAAGAGGGAGAAGAGGUUCAGCACUUCCUCUUUCCCCCUCAGUGCUAACAGAGAGCUACAGAAACUGCCUGCACUGGCAGAUGUGGCCCCUGCGGAGCAGGAGAAGCUCUUCAUCCAAAAGCUACGACAGUGCUGUGUUCUUUUCGACUUCCUGUCUGACCCGCUGAGCGAUUUGAAAUGGAAGGAAGUGAAACGGGCGGCGCUGAGCGAAAUGGUGGAGUACAUCACCCACAACAGGAAUGUCAUCACAGAGCCAAUCUACCCAGAGGUGGUUCACAUGUUUGCAGUGAAUAUGUUCAGAACAUUGCCUCCAUCGUCCAACCCUACUGGAGCGGAGUUUGAUCCAGAAGAAGAUGAGCCAACGCUUGAAGCUGCGUGGCCACACCUCCAGCUCGUCUAUGAAUUUUUCCUUAGGUUUUUAGAAUCACCAGAUUUUCAGCCUAACAUAGCGAAGAAAUACAUCGACCAGAAAUUUGUUAUGCAGCUCCUAGAACUAUUUGAUAGUGAGGAUCCCAGAGAGAGAGACUUCCUCAAAACUACCCUGCACAGGAUCUAUGGAAAGUUCCUUGGCCUGAGAGCAUACAUCAGGAAACAGAUCAAUAACAUUUUCUAUAGGUUUAUCUAUGAGACAGAGCACCAUAAUGGCAUAGCUGAACUACUGGAAAUACUUGGAAGCAUAAUCAAUGGAUUUGCCUUACCACUAAAGGAAGAGCACAAGAUUUUCCUGUUGAAGGUUUUAUUGCCUCUGCACAAAGUCAAAUCACUCAGUGUCUACCAUCCACAACUGGCCUAUUGCGUGGUGCAGUUUUUGGAAAAGGACAGCACUCUAACUGAGCCGGUGGUAAUGGCUCUCCUAAAGUACUGGCCAAAGACUCACAGUCCUAAGGAGGUCAUGUUCCUCAAUGAGCUGGAGGAGAUCUUGGAUGUCAUCGAGCCCUCUGAGUUUGUUAAGGUGCAGGAACCUCUCUUCAGACAGCUGGCCAAGUGUGUGUCCAGCCCGCACUUCCAGGUGGCAGAGAGAGCCCUUUACUACUGGAACAACGAGUACAUCAUGAGUCUGAUCAGCGACAACGCAGCAAAGAUUCUGCCAAUUAUGUUCCCUGCUCUCUACCGCAACUCUAAGACCCACUGGAACAAAACCAUCCACGGCCUCAUCUACAACGCUCUGAAGCUUUUCAUGGAGAUGAAUCAAAAGCUCUUUGAUGACUGCACACAGCAAUUUAGGGCUGAGAAAAACAAAGAGAAGGCCAAGUCAAAAGAACGCGAAGAGGCUUGGAUCAAAAUCGAGAACCUCGCCAAGUCAAAUCCACAGUUCUCUAUGUAUGUUGAUUCCUUUGACCUCACUAGUCCUGUAGAAAUGGAGAUGGAUGUCCCUUUGAUAGAAGAUGUUCAGAGGCUAAAAAAGACAGUUGAGGAGGGUGCAACUCAGUUGCAGCAUGACCAGCGGAAAGAGCGACCAAUGAUGCGACGCAAAUCCGAGUUGCCUCAGGAUAUCUACACCACAAAAGCCUUGGAGUCCCACCGCAGAGCUGAAGACAUGUUGACCACCCACGAUGGACUCUAGGUCCCCGCCACCUGCCGGCACUUGGUUCAACUGCCCCUUCUACCCUCGAUAGCCAUGGACAUCCUCCCCGCCCAGGUGUCAGAACUACACUGGUGACCCAUGUUGGGCUCUUGAUCCUUCCUCCCACCAUCAGAAUUCUUAGUUCUUCAUUCCUGUUGACCCAGUCAGAGGCCCCAUGUUCGCCUCCCUCAGAUUUCUGCUUUCUCAGGUUAUUUUCUUUAUUUGGAGAGGAGUGUGUGUGUGUUUGUUUGUGUGUGUGUGUGUGUGUGUGUGUACGUACGUACGUCUUUUAGCCCUUGCCACAUCCGGUGUGUUUUCCCAUUAUUUUGUCCAUCAUUUCCUCUCACCUUCCUUGCUCCUUCCACCUCCUGUGCACUCACUGUAAAUGUGGAACCUAGGACGCCACAACUCUGGUUCCUUCAUUCCCUCUUGCAAACAUUCACAAAGGAUCGGACGUGGUUAUAUAGGAACCGACUGACUUGCUGUCUAAGGAUCAUGCUCUGGUCUCUGCUUGGUUCUUUUCUGUCAAAGGGAACAAAACAGAACCUGUUGGUCAAAUGAAAGACGAGACUUUCCUGUCAUCUGUCGUAUACUUCUUAUUUUUUUGCUCAAUGUAAUGGACAUCUUGUCAGUGCCAAGACACUUGUGUUCUUCGUUUUGUGUUUUCUGUGACUUUUAACAGGGAUACAUGCCUUUGAUU